AUGACAUCACCAGGGCAGCUCACAGGAGAUUGCCGAGGAAAGUGUCAUACACUACCAUCAACUCGAUACAUCAUGGCCGGCUCUGACAGUCCCAAAGCUCUUCCUCUCAAUUUCUUGUCUGCCCCUUUUUUCCCUUUUUUGAUCACGACAGCCAACAGUCCCGAAUACUACAAGGCGUGAAUUGUUCCCAUUUAUCGCGUGUUGUCUCGACCAACGAACCAGCAUGGAGAAUCCCGCUUCGGAUAUCAAGAGAGUUGUCAAAACACUCACCCAGGGACCACCAGAUGAGCAGCUCGAAGCCAUCUACCGCUACUACGCCCCGGGCGCCACCUUCGAGCACCCCUUCUGCCGUGUGCCGUCGUUUAAGAACGUACAUGUGCCUGUUCUCGGGGAGCUAGACUCCCGAAUGCUGAUCGCAGCGAUCUACCGAUGGUACAAAAUCCUCAGUCCCAAGAUCAGUUUGGAGAUCGAGUCAUGCGCCUUUGAUGAGCAAACCAACAUCGUCUACCUGAGGAUCUUCCAGAUUUUCUCCAUAUGGUUCAUUCCCUUCCACCGCAGCCCGGUGAGCCUCGUCACGGCGCUGCACCUACGCCCGGUCUCGGAACCGACAUCCUCCGAGUUGCAGGAAAACCAGCCGCCGCCGCCGCCCUACCAUGCCGCCGAGGAAAAGCUGCAUGCCGUUCAGGAGGGCACUGAACCGAGCUAUGCUUCCGUCGCCAAGGGCGAGGCCUCGCCUCCGCCCUCGCCUACGACGGCCAAGCAUGGAGGGAAGGAAGAUGCGAAGUCCGGCUCCAUGACCACACGGUAUUACAUCACCAAGCAGGAGGACCUGUACCAGGUGAACGAGUUUCUGAAGUUUGUGUCCAUGACGCCCGGGGCGAUGCUCGCGGGCGCCUUCCAGCUGUGGGCCACGCUGAUGUGCCUGCUGGGUGCGCUGGUGCUGGGCCCUUUUGUGAGGAGCGGUUUGCCGGCGAGGUCGGGGAAGAAGGAAGUGAAGGGUUAGUUUGCUAUACCGUGAUGCCGGGUGGGUGAGGAUGGAGCGAACGGUUAAAAAGGGGGAACGGAAAGAACUCCGUAACGGAGCGAAAUCAUGCAUCAGUAACCGCUUGCUUCAAACCAUGAUUUAAUAGGAGGCCUGCAUCCAAAUGUAUGAUAGCUGUGUGCUGAAAUUAUAACAGCGCGCAUUCUUGUACUCUCUACCCGGACACCAAGAGGUUCGGUUUUUUUUUUUUUUUUUUUUUUUUUUUUUUU